UCGGCGCUGGGCCGGCCAUGGCCGCGUCCGAGCUCUACACCAAGUUUGCCAGGGUUUGGAUACCUGAUCCUGAGGAAGUGUGGAAAUCUGCAGAGUUGCUCAAGGAUUAUAAGCCCGGAGAUAAAGUGCUCCUGCUUCACCUUGAGGAAGGGAAGGAUUUGGAAUAUCGUCUAGAUCCAAAGACCAAUGAGCUCCCUCACUUACGGAACCCUGACAUACUUGUUGGAGAAAAUGACCUCACAGCUCUCAGCUAUCUUCACGAGCCCGCUGUGCUACAUAAUCUCCGAGUUCGCUUCAUCGAUUCUAAACUCAUUUAUACGUAUUGUGGAAUAGUUCUAGUAGCUAUAAAUCCCUAUGAACAGCUGCCUAUCUAUGGAGAAGAUAUUAUUAAUGCCUACAGUGGCCAGAACAUGGGUGACAUGGAUCCUCACAUCUUUGCAGUAGCUGAAGAAGCUUACAAGCAAAUGGCAAGGGAUGAACGAAAUCAGUCCAUCAUUGUAAGUGGAGAGUCAGGCGCAGGGAAGACGGUCUCAGCUAAAUAUGCCAUGCGGUACUUUGCAACAGUAAGUGGCUCUGCCAGUGAGGCCAAUGUUGAAGAAAAGGUCUUGGCCUCCAAUCCCAUCAUGGAGUCAAUUGGAAAUGCCAAAACAACCAGGAAUGAUAAUAGCAGCCGGUUUGGAAAAUAUAUUGAAAUUGGUUUUGACAAGAGAUAUCGAAUCAUCGGUGCCAAUAUGAGAACUUACCUUUUAGAGAAAUCCAGAGUGGUGUUCCAGGCAGAAGAAGAGAGAAACUACCAUAUCUUCUAUCAGCUCUGUGCUUCAGCAAAGUUACCUGAAUUUAAGAUGCUGCGGUUAGGAAAUGCAGAUAGUUUUCAUUACACGAAGCAAGGAGGCAGCCCUAUGAUAGAAGGAGUGGAUGAUGCAAAGGAGAUGGCGCACACCAGGCAGGCCUGCUCUCUGCUGGGAAUUAGUGAAUCUUACCAAAUGGGAAUUUUUCGAAUACUCGCUGGUAUUCUUCACUUAGGCAAUGUUGGAUUUGCAUCUCGAGAUUCAGACAGCUGCACAAUAGCUCCUAAGCAUGAGCCUCUUAUCAUCUUCUGUGACCUUAUGGGUGUGGAUUAUGAAGAGAUGUGUCACUGGCUUUGCCACCGAAAGCUAGCUACUGCCACAGAGACAUACAUCAAGCCCAUCUCCAAGCUGCAGGCCACAAAUGCCCGAGAUGCUUUAGCCAAGCACAUUUAUGCUAAGCUCUUUAACUGGAUUGUUGAUCAUGUCAAUCAGGCUCUCCAUUCCGCUGUCAAACAGCACUCUUUCAUUGGUGUGCUGGACAUUUACGGAUUUGAAACCUUUGAGAUAAAUAGUUUUGAACAGUUCUGUAUAAAUUAUGCAAAUGAAAAACUACAGCAACAAUUCAACAUGCAUGUCUUCAAAUUGGAACAGGAGGAAUAUAUGAAGGAGCAAAUUCCAUGGACACUCAUAGAUUUCUAUGAUAAUCAGCCAUGUAUCAACCUUAUAGAAUCUAAACUAGGCAUUCUAGAUUUGCUGGAUGAGGAAUGUAAGAUGCCUAAAGGAACAGAUGACACGUGGGCCCAAAAACUCUACAACACGCAUUUGAACAAAUGUGCCCUCUUUGAGAAGCCCCGCAUGUCAAACAAAGCUUUCAUCAUAAAACAUUUUGCUGACAAAGUAGAGUACCAGUGUGAAGGUUUUCUUGAAAAGAAUAAAGACACCGUUUUUGAAGAACAAAUUAAAGUCCUUAAGUCAAGCAAGUUUAAGAUGCUACCAGAACUAUUUCAAGAUGAUGAGAAGGCCAUCAGUCCCAGCUCUGCCACCUCCUCAGGGCGCACUCCUCUCACUCGGGUUCCUGUAAAGCCCACCAAGGGCCGACCUGGCCAGACUGCCAAAGAGCACAAGAAGACAGUGGGACAUCAGUUUCGAAACUCCCUUCACCUGCUUAUGGAAACCCUUAAUGCCACUACUCCUCACUAUGUACGCUGUAUUAAGCCUAAUGAUUUCAAGUUUCCAUUCACAUUUGAUGAGAAGAGGGCAGUGCAGCAGUUAAGAGCAUGUGGUGUCCUGGAGACCAUCCGGAUCAGUGCAGCAGGGUUCCCCUCACGGUGGACUUAUCAAGAGUUUUUCAGCCGAUACCGGGUCCUAAUGAAGCAAAAAGAUGUGCUGGGCGAUAGAAAGCAAACAUGCAAGAAUGUAUUAGAGAAACUGAUAUUGGACAAGGACAAAUACCAGUUUGGUAAGACAAAGAUCUUUUUUCGUGCUGGUCAAGUGGCCUAUCUAGAAAAAUUGAGGGCUGACAAACUGAGGGCUGCCUGCAUCCGGAUCCAGAAGACCAUUCGUGGGUGGCUGCUAAGGAAGAGAUACCUGUGCAUGAAGAGGGCAGCCAUCACAGUGCAGCGGUUCGUGCGUGGCUAUCAGGCUCGAUGCUAUGCUAAGUUUCUGCGCAGAACCAAGGCAGCAACCACCAUUCAAAAGUACUGGCGCAUGUAUGUGGUCCACAGGAGGUACAAGGCUAGACGAGCUGCCACCGUUGUCCUUCAGUCUUACUUGAGAGGCUACUUGGCAAGAAAUAGGUAUCGCAAGAUACUCCGUGAGCACAAAGCAGUCAUCAUUCAGAAAUGUGUCCGUGGCUGGCUGGCUCGUACACAUUAUAAGAGGACCAUGAAAGCCAUCAUCUACCUUCAGUGCUGUUUCCGGCGGAUGAUGGCCAAGCGUGAGCUGAAGAAACUCAAAAUUGAGGCUCGCUCUGUGGAACGCUACAAGAAACUCCAUAUUGGCAUGGAAAACAAGAUUAUGCAGCUGCAGCGCAAAGUGGAUGAGCAGAAUAAAGACUACAAAUGCCUCAUGGAGAAACUGACCAAUCUGGAAGGAGUAUACAACUCUGAGACUGAAAAACUACGGAAUGAUGUAGGACGUCUUCAGCUAAGCGAGGAGGAAGCUAAGGUUGCCACUGGGCGGGUCCUUAGUCUGCAGGAAGAAAUUACAAAACUCCGAAAAGACCUGGAACAAACUCGAUCAGAGAAAAAGUCCAUUGAAGAACGAGCAGAUAAAUACAAACAAGAAACUGAUCAGCUGGUGUCAAACUUGAAGGAAGAAAACACUUUGCUGAAGCAGGAAAAGGAGACCCUCAAUCACCUCAUUGUGGAGCAGGCUAAAGAGAUGACAGAAACUAUGGAGAGGAAGUUAGUGGAAGAGACAAAACAACUGGAGCUUGACCUGAAUGAUGAAAGGCUAAGGUACCAGAACCUUCUGAAUGAGUUCAGUCGUCUGGAGGAGCGCUAUGAUGACCUCAAGGAAGAGAUGACCCUGAUGCUGAAUGUGCCUAAGCCAGGACACAAGAGAACAGACUCUACCCACAGCAGUAAUGAGUCUGAAUACACAUUCAGCUCUGAGUUUGCAGAAACUGAAGACAUUGCACCAAGGACAGAGGAACCAAUUGAGAAGAAGGUGCCUCUGGAUAUGUCAUUGUUCCUUAAGCUCCAGAAGCGUGUCACAGAGCUGGAACAGGAGAAGCAGCUGAUGCAGGAUGAGCUGGACCGAAAGGAGGAGCAGGUGCUCCGCAGCAAGGCAAGGGAAGAAGAAAGACCACAGAUUAGAGGUGCUGAACUGGAAUAUGAGUCCCUAAAGCGUCAAGAACUGGAGUCAGAAAACAAAAAACUGAAAAAUGAGCUUAAUGAGUUACGCAAAGCACUCAGUGAAAAAAGUGCCCCAGAAGUGACUGCGCCAGGUGCACCUGCUUACCGUGUCCUCAUGGAACAGCUGACCUCGGUGAGCGAGGAGCUCGAUGUCCGAAAGGAAGAAGUCCUCAUCUUGAGGUCUCAGCUGGUGAGCCAGAAAGAAGCCAUCCAACCCAAGAACACAAUGACAGACUCCACAAUACUUUUGGAAGAUGUACAGAAAAUGAAAGACAAAGGUGAAAUAGCACAAGCUUAUAUUGGUUUGAAAGAAACAAACAGAUCAUCUACUAUGGAUUACCAGGAGUUGAAUGAGGAUGGAGAGCUCUGGCUGGUUUAUGAAGGGUUAAAACAAGCCAACAGGCUCUUAGAAUCCCAGCUACAGUCACAGAAGAGGAGCCAUGAGAAUGAGGCUGAGGCCCUCCGUGGGGAGAUCCAGAGCCUAAAGGAAGAAAACAACCGGCAACAGCAGCUGCUGGCCCAGAACCUACAGCUGCCCCCUGAGGCCCGCAUUGAGGCCAGCCUGCAGCAUGAGAUCACCCGGCUGACCAACGAAAACCUGUAUUUUGAGGAUUUAUAUGCAGAUGACCCUAAGAAGUAUCAAUCCUCUCGGAUUUCCCUUUACAAAAGGAUAAUUGAUCUGAUGGAACAACUUGAAAAGCAGGAUAAAACUGUCCGGAAACUGAAGAAACAACUGAAAGUCUUUGCCAAAAAAAUCGGUGAACUAGAAGUGGGGCAGAUGGAGAAUAUAUCUCCGGGACAGAUCAUCGAUGAGCCUAUCCGGCCAGUCAACAUUCCCCGGAAAGAAAAGGAUUUCCAAGGAAUGCUGGAGUACAAAAGGGAGGAUGAGCAGAAGCUUGUUAAGAACCUGAUUCUAGAACUAAAGCCACGUGGUGUGGCUGUCAAUCUGAUUCCAGGCUUACCAGCAUAUAUCUUGUUUAUGUGUGUGCGACAUGCCGACUACCUGAACGAUGAUCAGAAAGUAAGAUCAUUGCUGACAUCAACAAUUAACAGCAUCAAAAAAGUCUUGAAGAAAAGAGGUGACGAUUUUGAAACUGUCUCCUUCUGGCUCUCUAACACAUGUCGAUUUUUGCACUGUUUGAAGCAAUAUAGUGGAGAAGAGGGCUUCAUGAAACACAACACGUCUCGCCAGAAUGAACACUGCCUCACCAAUUUUGACCUUGCUGAAUAUCGGCAAGUACUGAGUGACUUGGCCAUUCAGAUCUAUCAGCAGCUUGUGAGGGUGUUAGAGAACAUUCUUCAGCCAAUGAUAGUCUCAGGCAUGCUAGAGCAUGAAACAAUUCAGGGUGUAUCUGGGGUGAAGCCCACAGGGCUCAGAAAACGAACCUCCAGUAUCGCAGACGAAGGUACCUACACACUGGACUCCAUCCUGCGGCAGCUCAACUCCUUCCAUUCAGUCAUGUGUCAGCAUGGCAUGGACCCGGAGCUAAUCAAGCAGGUGGUUAAGCAGAUGUUCUACAUUGUGGGUGCUAUCACCCUAAACAACCUCCUGCUGCGGAAGGACAUGUGCUCCUGGAGCAAAGGCAUGCAGAUCAGGUACAAUGUCAGUCAGUUGGAAGAAUGGCUGCGUGACAAGAAUCUGAUGAACAGCGGGGCCAAGGAGACCCUGGAACCUCUCAUCCAGGCCGCUCAGCUUUUGCAAGUGAAAAAGAAAACUGACGAUGAUGCAGAAGCCAUCUGCUCCAUGUGCAACGCCCUGACCACAGCCCAGAUCGUCAAAGUGUUGAAUCUGUACACACCCGUUAAUGAGUUUGAAGAAAGGGUCUCCGUUUCAUUUAUCCGUACUAUACAGAUGCGGUUCCGAGACAGGAAAGACUCUCCGCAGCUGCUCAUGGAUGCAAAACACAUCUUUCCUGUCACUUUCCCCUUUAACCCAUCCUCCCUGGCCCUAGAAACCAUCCAGAUCCCAGCCAGCCUGGGCCUGGGCUUCAUUGCACGGGUCUGAAGUCUGUCCAAGAAAACAUAGAGAACACAUUUCUCCUCAGAAUAUGAACAGUUGUUUCCAGUGAGUUACUGAAAAUACAUUUUUAAAGAAAAAGUACUGAUUAUCUCUAAAAGAAGAUAUUAACUGGAAGCCCCCGCCCUCCUCCCCCCACUAGAAUCCUUUUGUUUGGGAAGACACUUCCUGUACUGUUUACCUUUAAAGCAGCAUUCAUUGUUUAUCAGUUGGAAACCCCGAGUUUACAUACAGCUGAAUGGUGGCAGGGAAGAGUGAAAGGAAGAGUAAAAGAAGUGUGUCUUCAGCUGACAGCAUUUAGUUUAAAUCUUUAGUGCUGCAUUUAAGUGGCAUACAAAAUACAAUCCCGUAUGUAUAAACUGUUGUGAACAAGGCACAAAGAACUGAAGAAAAUCACUGAAUACAUAUCAUAGCAACUUAGGAGCCAAUCAUGUUGAUAUUGUCAAACUGGAUCAAAAAUAAAUAAAUAAACGGGCAACAUUAAAGUAACUGGCCAAGUAACUUCCUUAUCUGUGUCACUAUGGCAUAGCAAUGUGAAAGACGCUGUUUGCUAAGCAGUGUAGAUGCCCGUUUGUAGUGUAGCUUACUGAGCAUCUUAAAUGGCUGCUGUGUGCUGUCUCCUGACAUAAGUGAUAGUCUUAGUAGACACUACAGAAUAAGCUUCUCUUUCAUCAGCUCUGUUUACAAUUCAACCAGAUCAGUUCUUACUGGAUUAUAUGCAGUUAUCCACAGGUUCAUUGGCACGAGUAGCAGACACUGGGGAAGUAGAGUUAGACAGAGUGGCUGUUGAUGUCAUUGCUGAUUAGGCUAUAUUACAUUGAUAAGUCACCUGUAUGGAUAUCAUAUCAUGGUACAGUGUUGUGUAAAGUUAACUUAUUUUUAGUUUCCAAAUCUGAUUCUUGCCAUGCAUAUAUUCAACCUUGAUGAGUUUUUUUGUUUUAAUUUAUUAAGUGUUAGUUUCAGUCACUAUCUAGAAAGGACUAUCAGAAUAUUUAUGAUUAAGAUCUUGAAACUGAUUAUCCUGUAAGUUAUUCAAAAUAGGCAUAUAAAUAAAUCAUAAUUCAGAGGGUUUAGGUGUUGUAACCUCUAUAAAUGUUCUCAAAUACCACUGGAUACUUUUAAAACAUCAUAUUAUAAAUACAUUAAGAAGAUUUAUAUAAGAAAUAUAAGGAUACUAUUAAAUUUUAUAGAGGAUUUGGUUCAGUAAGACCCAGAUUCUGAAUGUCUUCAUUAUGAAACUCUAAUUAAGCAUAUUCUCCAUUUUUUCUUGAAAUCUUAUAUAAUAAAUCCUUUGGGUUUUACAAGAGCAGAUUCUUAGCUUUGAUUCCUCUGGUUCUUAAUUCCAAUCAUCAAUUUGUAUAGUUUAACUGUAAGAUGAUCUAUAACAGUGACAUUUAAAUAUGUGCAAUAUCUAAAUGGUUUCAAGUCAAUGAUAAAUACUGUUAUUAAACAGCAGUUAUUGUUCAUUAUCUUACUGGAGCCUGAAUGUCCUUGUUUAUAAAGUUAGAGGGUUGGACAACUGGUUAUUCCAGCCACUUCCCUGUUUACAGUUCACUCAUGCUUGGUUCCUAGAGAAAGGGGUCACAGUUACUCUGUCCCGUUGUAAAGACCAGUGUUUAGUGCCUGUCAGUUCCCUAGGGUUAAUGCACUAAGUCACAAGUUUAUGUAGCCACAAUAUUUUCUUAACAUACAUCAUUUAGGUACUUUAGAACACCCUAAUUAUUUCUAUUAUUUGAAAGUUGCUUAGUUUAAGUAAUUUUUGUUACAUGAUAAAUUUUUUUGUUGUUGUUUAGGGAAUUUUGUUUUUUGUAGUGCUGGGAAUUGAACCCAGGGGCUCAUGUGUGUUAUAAAUAAGUACCCUAUCACUGAUCUGUAGUCUCAACUCUUUAUUCAGUUCCACUACAUUUAUUUCUUUGCAGGACCUAAAACACUAAGCAACCAUCUUCAGUUUUCCUGGGUUUUCAGUAUUGUUUCAGUGAACAGUUAAUGCUUAAAGUAAUCUCACUAGUACUGAGUGUGUCAGACAGCAGAGAGGGGUAGCGGGUGGAAGAACUGCUGAGCAAACAGCCAUGUGUAGGCUGUCUUUCCUCACUCAGCCCUGGCAGGACGCCCACACCCUGCUCCCAGCUUAGUCCUGAGUGGGAUGCUGAUGCACACCCUGAGUCUUGUCUUCAGGACCAUGCUGUCAUAUCCAUUUUCCCCGAAGCCCCAGUUUUUUACUUCAGACAUUUAUGCCCUACAGUUUCUAGCACUUUCCCUUAUUUUUCUCUGUUGUCAAGAGUUGGGGCUCCUGUUCUAUAGCUGUCCCCAUUUUGUGGCUCUCCUGUUUCAAUGACAAUAGUUCAGAGACUCUAUGAUUCCAAGCUUCAACUCUUUCAAGCUGCUCAGAACCAGAUGGAGAUUGUGUGCACUGCUUUGUUAAGGAGAGAGGCAGCAGGCUCGUGCUCACUGAGGUCCUUUGGGCUGAGUGAGGAGCACUCCCUCCCACUCUGCCAUCCAUACUCUCCCAGCUUCAAACACACACUCAGCCUCUCCCCUGCCUGACCCAUCCCCCACCUCCCUAAUCUUACCAGCCAGCCAUGGCUUUCUGUGGCCUGGCUGGCCUGCAUGGGACUUACCUUUUGUGUUCUGUGUACACUCCGGGCCUGUCCUCAUCUCUGUACUCCUUAACAUUAUCACUAAUUGGCUUUUCCACAAUUCCACAAUGACAUGCUGGGACUACAAAGGAGCUCUGGAAAGACGCAGUAGCACAGCAGUUCUUCCUCUCGGUAGCCGCCACUCACCCUGCUGCAGAUGCAGUUCUCUCCCGUGGCAUCCAAGUGAGGAGAGAAGCAGCCUCCCUUCCCUUCCUGCAGCUUCUCUUAGCCCGAGGCUUGAAUCUGCCUUAGAUGCACUCAAAAUGAGGGAAAGAUAAACACAAAUCAAAAUGCACAAAGGACAACUUGGUGGUUCCUUUGGAGCUUUGAACAUUCCAUGUUACCUGGCACUGCUUUGGAAAGCAAAUGUACAGAACUAUAAUCCAAAGCCACGUGAGAGGGGAUGUAGCUCUGUGCCAGUUUAAAUGACUUGCUUUGUAACUGACUCAUUUCAGUAGCUAAAGAAAGACUCCUUAUGGGUGAGCAAGUGUGUGUAAUACACAUACUCUUUAAUAGUGUAUACAGAAGGCUAUGAAAAUACUUCACAUCUCGGUGUCUUGAUUAUUGUGAGAAAUUAGUUUUCUGACAGUUGUAGGAAAAGAGGAGCUGCCACUAUCCUGAGAACUCCACAUGGAGUCCUUCUCUCUCACACACACAUAGUCACCAGUUGAGAGUUCUUCAGGAGGUGUGGUCAAGGGUCCUCUGGGUCAUAUCAACCUGUUAGGAAGAAGAGCAAAUGUCCGUGUGUGACGCUGCAUGGUCCGUUGAAAGUAGUGCAGAAAUAGUACCCAUGAUGCAUGUGCUUCACGCCAGCAACUCUUCCUCUGUUACCUCACUUCCUCACAGCGUGACAGCUCCCACAAUCAUUGGGGUUGAUAAUUUGGGACAGUGGUAUGGUCAGUGACUUGCUGAGGGUAACACUGCCCUUUAGCAGUAAGACAGAAGCUGUCCUGUCUCUCCUGAUGCUGUAGGGUGCCCUGGGCUACUAUGGGUGCUCUUCAUCUUUAUUGGCAUAUGGGAAAAGACAAAUGAUGACAAACUUACUUCUUGGGAGGCCAGAGCACAGUGCUUACAGCACCAGCUGUGAUGAGGCUUGCCUUUUGUGGUGAACCAGCACUCCUUGACAGGGUGUGGACUCUCAAGUUAGGCUGUCUGAACUAGAAGGGCAGGAAACAGUGAAAACCUCAGAUGUGAAGAGGCAAGGCAGGCCACUCUCCACAACCCUGAGGUUUCCCUGGGAGAGCCCCUGGCUGAACUACCAGCCUACAGAGAACUCUAGUUUUAGUCUGAGGCACAGAGGAACACUCAGUACCUCCCUCCCUGGGGCUGUCUGCCUUUGGUGAGUCAGUGUAAGCUGGGCAGUGCCACAGCAUGCUGCAGGGGAGGAGCUAGGAGCCUGUGCUGUGGGCAUGCAUGCUUGAGGCCACAAGCAUUCUGUGGUAAGUGCUUUGUAGUUUGUUCUCAGGCUGUGCUGUGAGGGCCGCCUUAACCCUUGCCCCUUCCCUUUUAGAGCUGCCUUAAGUUCCCCAAAACUUGUCUCAGUGAGGGGUAUCUUGCCAUGUUUCUCAAGGUUUUGUAAGGAUUUGGAUUGGGUGUGGCUUCCAACCAUUUAUUCCUUUCCCGGCUUCCUGCAUCUCCUGCUACCUAUGUACUGCCAUUUCCAACCAGAGGUUAGAAUUUAUAAAGCAACCGAUGAAAUGUUCGCUUUAGGAAUAUUUCCAGGUUAGUGCAACUCCCGGUAACAGGAAGCAAAUUAGCAUGCAUGGAAGCAGGACGGAAGUCAGUGUAUUUGUGGGUGUCUUGCCUUUCACUAACACUUUCUAAUAAAGGCAAAAAUACAACUCUAAAAACGUUGUGUAUGGACAUCCUUAUAAAAUGUAAAUGUGCCCUACUGUAAAAGGCUAAGUAAAAACAAGAAAGUAGCUGUAUUAAUUUCUAAUUCAUUAUAGUACCUAAAUUAACUUUAGAAUUAUAGUCAAUUUCUUAAUAGGUCAAAAUGCAAAAGAUAUAAUGUUAAACAUCUCCCACAUGCAUUUUAUACAUCUCUUUACUGUAUACUUUGGUUUCCUAAAAGAGUGUUCAUGAGCUUAACUUGAUGAGUAGAGUUAGACUCGUAACAUUUGAAAGCAACUAACAUUUUCUUGGCAUUGUGAUGUUGUUUGGAAUAGUUGGAGAAGUUUUAGGUUUGUUUUUGAAGAUUGAAAUUUCCGUGUAUAAUUUAAUGCUUGGAAAGUUAAUACAUCCCCAUGGGUUUUCCAGAGUUAAUAGUUUCAAAUAACUUAUUGCUACUGUGUGUAAUAAAAUCUUAGCCUCUCUAAGUCAUGUCAGCCAGUAUUUUUUUCCCACAAAAGCUGAUUUUUUUUUCCUUUAAGUGGGGAUAUAUGUUGUGAUUAUGAUCCACAAUUAUGUUCUUAAUUAUGUUACGUGGGUUCCUGAAGUAAAUGAUUUUCUUGUGUUUUUGGAAAGUUCUAGUUGUUCCAGCAGUAUUGUACAGAUGAGCUCAUGGCAUUUAACAUACUGUGGUUUUGUUUUAACUGUUUAGCAUUUAUUGUGAAAUGCACUUGCCUUUGAAAUACAGUAAAUGGGACGUUGCAGUUUUCAAAUCUUUUUCGUCCUUGGAUCUGGAGAAAGAAUUUUCUUGAUCUACACAGUUCAUCUCUGCAAAGUGGUUAGUAGAGGAAGCAGAAACACUGAAAGGUGAGAGGUAUUACCAAGCCUUUCUGGAAAUCACAGGAAAUCUUCUAGAAUGUUAAUAAUUCACCUCAUAUCAACAAAAGCCUUGGAAACAUGAGUUUUUCACUGGGUAUUACCUAAUGCUAAAAGGAAAGCCAAAACAAUAUCAGAAUGACAUUUUAUGCUCUGAAUUUAUAGCUAUCUAAUGUGCUUAGUGUGUAUCUGUCGUUAGUGCUGUAUUCUCCUAGCUAUUGUAGAAAAUUGUUCAAAUAAAGAUAAGGAUAUAAAGAAA